GCCGCGCAUUCACAAGGAGGAAACAGAACCGACUGCCUUGGAGGUCUCAAAGAGGGUCAAGGAUAUAUUUUUCCUGCCUUCACCAGCGAGCACAAAGCCACGUUUCAAAGGAGACUGACAAAUUAUCCCCAGCUGCCAGAAGGAGAAAUCCUCACCUGACAGCGUCCUGAUUCCUGAGAGUCGUUACCUGAUCAACUACAAGGAUGAAAGUUUUCGAGUUGAUAGGAGGGAUGGUCAUCCUUGCCUCUGUGUUCUCAGCCUGUUCCACACAAAGCCCAAUGACUGUACUGUGCUCUAUAGACUGGUUCAUGGUCACUGUCCACCCCUUCAUGUUGAAUAAUGAUGUGUAUGUACACUUCCAUGAGUUACACUUGGGCCUAGGGUGCCCUGCCAACCAUGUCCAGCCACAUGUCUACCAGUUCACCUACCGCGUUACCGAAUGUGGCAUCCGUGCCAAGGCUAUCUCUCAGGACAUGAUUAUGUACAGCACUGAGUUGCACUAUGCUUCGAAGGGUACCUCUUCUAAGUAUGUGAUCCCGGUGUCAUGUACUGCUCCCCAACGGUCCCCAUGGCUUACUCUGCCCUGUUCUGUAAAAGUAGCCAGUGAGGCCGGGGCCACAGCCCAGAAUGGUGAGGCAAGCUAUGAGGUGUUCACCUUGUCACAGUCUAGCCAAAGGCCCGACUGCGACUGUCCACCUUGUGUGUUCAAUGAAGAAGGGCGUGACCAGGCUGCACAUCACCAAGUGGAGGCUGAGGAGGGCCAGCUGGUGCUGCCAUCUUCCUCUGUUGAUAUUUCCGAGGAUUGGUCUCUUCGCUCAGACGAUCUCCUUGAGUCCAUGUGAUCCCCAGGUUUGGUAUGGGGAGUCUCCUGUAGAUAGAUGCUUUUUCUAACAUUAGUAUAGAGUAUUUUUGAAUAUCAGACAAACGUGUUUUGGAAGCCCCCUUAUGAGUGCCUUUGAGAGAGGGCAGUUCGUGGUUGUUUCUUGAAUAAAGCUGUUUUAUAUUUUUAUAUAUUUUUAAAAGGAAAAAUAAA